AUGGCAGAAUGCGUUUCUUCAAUGACGUUUGGAGAUGGGAACCGGGGAGUUCAAGUGGGUCACAGCAACGCACCGAUCCAAGCGACUUUCAACCUUCCACCGGAGCCGUUAGAAUCGACCCCGCCUCCAUUCCCGUCGAUCCCUUACCUUCACGAUCCUACAUUCGUCGACCGUGGAGACAUCCUCGACCAGAUCGGCCGCCAAUGUUCCGAGCCAGCCAGUCGCGUCGCUAUAGUAGGACUUGGUGGUGUAGGAAAGUCCCAGCUAGCCAUUGAGUUCGCCCAUCGGUUUGCGGCCACCCCGGCCGAAGCAUGGGUGUUCUGGGUCCAUGGUAGCACACAGGCCCGCAUCAUCGAAGGAUUUAAGUCGAUUGCCGACAAAGUCAAACUGAUGGGUCGCAAUCGUCCCGAUGCCGACGUUCUCCAGCUUGUGUUCGACUGGCUAUCCAAUGAACGAAACGGCAAAUGGCUCUUAGUUCUCGACAGUGCCGACGACUCCGACGUGUUGCACAGCACCAGUGGAGGCAACGAUAACGGGCCGAAGCUGAUGGAGUAUCUGCCGCAAAGUCCAAAUGGAUCUAUUCUCAUCACCACACGUAACAGGGACCUGGCGUUCAGGUUGACCGGCGCCUAUGAAGCGAUCCAUGAAAUUGGUCCCAUGACACAGGAAGAGGCUCUGGUGCUCCUAGAGAACAGACUCGGUACACUGUCGGAUGCGAAUGCCGCAGCCGACUUAGUGAGAUCACUCGAAUUUGUCCCGCUUGCCAUAAGCCAGGCUGCAGCGUAUAUCCAAAUGCGGGCGCCGCGAACCUCGCUUGUACAAUACCUCACUGAGUUUCGACAGAGCGAAAGCAAGAGAGCGAAGCUUCUCAGUCACGACGCCGGUGACCUGCGUCGAGACCUUCGCCAGGAUGGAGGCGCGUCAAACGCCAUACUUACCACGUGGCAAGUGUCAUUCGAUCACGUCCGCUCCAGGAGACCGUCAGCCGCGGACCUUCUUUCAUUAAUGAGCUUCUUCAAUCGGCAAGGGAUCCCUGAGUCGCUCCUUAGGCCUCCCAAAGAUAGUCACAACGCUGCACAAUCGAUAAAUCCCGAAGACAUCACCGAUUCGGAGUCUCAAGGCAGCGAUGAUGAGGUUGAACAUGAAUUCGACGAUGAUAUACAAAUACUACGGGAUUAUUAUCUUAUCGUGCUAAGCGGUGAUGCAAAUGCGUUCGAGAUGCAUAGACUUGUGCAGCUGGCGAUGCGGAGAUGGCUGAAAGCUCAGGGACUUCAGGACAAGUUUCUAGAGCAGUAUAUCACUGUAAUGGCGAGUUCGUUUCCAAUAGGGGAGUACGAGAACUGGACAGUAUGCCGAGCGCUCUUCGCCCACGUUGAAGCCGCAGUCGAGUACCGGCCAAACGAGGAAAGUCUCAAGAAGACAUGGUCAGGCCUUUUACACAACGGCGGAAGGUAUGCGUGGCUACAAGGCAGAUAUGUCGUGGCAGAGCAGAUAACUUCUAAAGCGAGAAGAACUCGUGAAAAGUUGCUGGGGAAGGAUAAUGAGGCAAGUCUGGCGAGUACAUCAUUGCUUGGAGCGAUAUACUCUGGACAAGGCCGAUGGGAAGAAGCAGAGAAGCUAUUUAUGCAGGUGAUGGAGACUCAGAAGGCGAAGCUUGGAGAAGAUCAUCUGGAUACUCUGAUAAGUAUAGGCAAUCUCGCAUUGACAUACUUAAACCAAGGCCGAUGGGAAGAAGCAGAGAAGCUAUUUAUGCAGGUAAUAGAGACUCAGAAGGCGAAGCUUGGAGAAGAUCAUCUGGAUACUCUGAUAAGUAUAGGCAAUCUCGCAUCGACAUACUUAAACCAAGGUCGAUGGGAAGAAGCAGAGAAGCUAUUUAUGCAGGUAAUAGAGACUCAGAAGGCGAAGCUUGGAGAAGAUCAUCUGGAUACUCUGAUAAGUAUAGGCAAUCUCGCAUCGACAUACUCGAACCAAGGCCGAUGGGAGGAGGCAGAGAAGCUAGAAGUUCAGGUGAUAGAGACUCGCAAGGCGAAGCUUGGAGAAGAUCAUCCGGAUACUCUGAUGAGCAUAAACAACCUCGCAUCGACAUACUUAAACCAAGGCCGAUGGGAAGAAGCAGAGAAGCUACAGAUACAGGUGAUAGAGACUCAGAAGGCAAAGCUUAGAGAAGAUCAUCUGGAUACUCUGAUAAGUAUAGGCAACCUCGCAUCGAUAUACUUAAACCAAGGUCGAUGGGAAGAAGCAGAGAAGCUAUUUAUGCAGGUAAUGGAGACUCGCAGGGUAAAGCUUGGAGAAGAUCAUCCGGAUACUCUGAUGAGCAUAAACAACCUCGCAUCGACAUACUCGAACCAAGGCCGAUGGGAGGAGGCAGAGAAGCUAGAAGUUCAGGUGAUAGAGACUCGCAAGGCGAAGCUUGGAGAAGAUCAUCCGGAUACUCUGACGAGCAUGAAUAAUCUCGCUCUCACAUGGAACAGUCAAGGUCGACACGAAGAGGCGCUAUCCAUGAUGGAAAGCUGCGCGCUGAAGCGGCGACACGUUCUUGGCCCAAGUCAUCCACUCACUAAGGAGGCUCUGUCUAACUUGGACCAGUUGAUCGACACCGUACAUUUCAGGUUCAGUUUCCUGUAA